AUCACCAGAAAAUGACAGAGGAUACGUUCUACCAAACACUCGAACUAGCACUCGAUCAGCCAGUAGGAUGUCUCAGUAUGAGCCCAGAGAAUCGAGACAUCGUACUAGGAGCUCGAAAGGGUCUCUUCAUCGUCGAUCUCCACCAUCCAUACGACCCACCAAGAUUCUUGGCUCACUCUGCAACCUGGGACGUAGCAGACAUACAAUGGUCACCACAUCCAGAGCGAAGGAGUUGGGUAGCAUCAACGUCAUCUCAGAAAGCUUUGAUCUGGAACCUUGACCUACCCUCUCCAUCAACACUAGACGCAAGCUCACAACCGCUAAGGACCAUCCAAUCUCCAAUCCAAUUCGUACUCGAAGCACACACUCGAGCAAUAUGUGAUAUUAAUUGGUCGGUCUUUAACGUCGAUGUCCUGGCUACCUGCGCAAUCGACUCUUGGACUUACGCCUUCGACCUACGUAUCGGUGGUAAAACCGCUGUCCAAGGUUUCUGUGCUUGGAACUCACCCGCAACACAAGUCAAGUGGAACAGACAAGACCCACAUCUCCUUGCUACCUCUCACGACUCGCGAGUCUUGGUCUGGGAUACUCGCAACCCUGCCGAGCCUAUCCUUCAAAUCAAUGCCCAUAAUGAGAAGAUCUACGGGAUCGAUUGGUCGCGUCGAUCUUCUGAUGGUUUGGUCACUUGCAGUUUAGACAAGACUGUCAAGUUCUGGUCUACCAAUUCGAUUCAUCAUCCUACAAAAACCAUCCAAACUUCUUCUCCCGUCCGAAGGGCACGUCACUUGCCAUUUGGACAUGGUGUUAUGACCUUACCACAACGCUCCGAUCAUGUGCUUAAGAUGUGGUCAGCCGAUCAACCUUCGACUCCAAUUGCAAGCUUCUCGGGUCAUCAGGACACAGUCCGGGAAUUUGUUUGGAGAACACGUGGAGGUGCCAACUCAAACUUCGAUGAUCGUCAGUUUCAGCUGGUCACCUGGGGCAACGACCGAAAGCUGAGGCUCUGGCCAAUCAGUACCGAAACAUUAAAGAAGGCGGGCUUCAAGCCGGGUGCACCGAUCGAUGUCAGAGUGACCAGGAAAGCGACCUCGGCUAAUCGCAGUUUCCGCCAAUCCAGCCUUGUCGUACCCUUUGUUCCCAGUCCUUCCUCAAUGUCCAUAUCUCCCUUCAGGUCCGGUAGAGCCAGUCAUGCCUCCUCAUACACAUCAUCCUCACUUGCUGCUCGCACUAUUCAAUCACAUCAUCCUGCCUCACCGCGUCCUCAUCGCCCCACCACCAACCAGACCUCGAAAGCAGCCGGACCGGGCGAUCAUGUCCGUCAUUCUCGCAGCUUGGUCGUCCAAGAUCGUAUCAAUCGCCAUCCAGGGUAUAUGACUACUCAAACUACUGCCGGCCCACUCAACACGCCCAGCCAUCGACUGACAUGGAUGGAAGGCGUCAAGCUUUAUCGCCCGGCGGCCAAUGAGUGCCCUCGUACCGCUCCCAUCCGUAGUAGCUCAGCUAUCGGACUCUCCCAGCUCACCCGAUCUCUCUCACAAGACCGACAUACCCAGGUCUCUGUCGACGAUUCACAACCGACCCCACACUACACUGAGCCCCAAACCUUGGGCGAAGAGCUCACCGCUGCCCAGCGCAACUUUCCCCGAAUCACCUUUGAACAGAUCGCCGUCCAGAGUCGAACUUGUUCGGUUGGGCUCUAUGGGCCAUGGGCUGCUCGGGGAGGGAUUGCAUUCCUACGGAUCAUGUUCUCGUUCCCAAAGUACUACCCCGAGCUCAAGCCCCCAUCGAUCGAAAUCGAACGCAGCUCAGAUGUCAGCGCUCGCACCCGGGCCUUCCUGCUCAAAUCGGCUCGGGAACUCAUGCGCGAUCACGUCCAUAACUGCAAACCGGCCGCCUUCGAGUCAUGUCUCAGAUUCCUUCUGGGUGAUCGCUCGGCCGCUCUCGAGGCCGCCAAAGUCGACCGUUUCGUCGACUCUGAUGAGGAGAUGCGUGAGCCUACCCCCGGUAUGCGUCCGGAUGUCCUUCAAAAUAAUGUCAGUGUUCCGUCGCCACGUCAAGCUGGAGCGUGCUUUACAUCCGAAGGUCGUCUUAUCAUUUUUUAUUGUGGCGAUUUCCGGACCGUUCCCAGUCCUAAAAUCACGAUGGCAUUCCCUAAACGGAACUAUAAGUUUGAAGCCUUUGGUAGUCUUGCAGUUACUCCGAUCACUAGGAACAACCGAGGUGGCUCACGAGCGGAUUUGGACGAGGAAUCCUCUGAAUCAGAUGAGGCCUUGAAAUUACCCAUGUCUCGUCGGAUACGAAUGCAAUCCGAUCUAGUCUCAUCUCCAGGCCCGCUUCCAGCCCGAGAGAUCUCCACCAUGGUCACUGUUCGAUCACUAUCCAUGUUGAGGCCCCUACCGAUCCCAAAUUUGGAGAGUCAGGAUCCAAUCGUGGUCAUCGAUAGUCUCUUGAACCUCACAUCCAGCGUCGAUGAUCCCGUUCGCUAUCGUACUUGGGUCUUAGUCCGUAUCUUCAUUCUCAGCUUGAGGGAGCGUGCCCCUAAGGAAGAUUGUCGGCCAGAAAAUUAUGCAGUGUUGUUGGAGAUCUUGAAGUAUCUGCGUGGUAUUCAUGAUUUGGAAACGUUAGGUUAUAUCGCUUGUGUGAUGGAGCUGAAUAGAAGAGUGUGUGGGAAGCAGAGGGAAAGACGAUUUGAGGAUAAUCGGCUUAAAACCGCCGAUGAACGCCCGGCACCGACGACAGAUUACUUUAACUCUAAAGGAGUCCUCAGCGCCCAUCGAUCAGCCCCCAAGCCGAGCUCGCAGAGCUCCGUGCUACUGCAGACUCCCGAUCUCCCAGCUGCUGCCGAAGCUUCUCAAUCUCCUUCCAAAGCUGGCUCGUGGAGUACUUUCUUCCUCUCCCUGACCCAGGGUACAAGCCUCUCAAACCCGAGCGGACCUAGCGCCGGUCGGGGCUCAAACUCGUCCAACACGCACGCUUAUUGUAGUAACACCACUCCUUCCCCCGAUCGGGCCGUUGCUAUGCUCAAACAACAGUUGGCUGGGAGCACUAAUUCUCUACCCCCUCUUCACCAAUCCUCCGACAGCCAUUCUAAUGCUACAAAGCGGGACUCGGCUAGGUCUCGCCUCGAUUAUCUCAACAACAACGAUGCAAGAAAUUUCAACCCUAGAAGCCCUCACAUCUUUCCUGUUAAGCCGACCUCCAACACUCACCGUAAACGGCAGAUGAUCGUUGUCAAGAAAAUCCAACCUCCUCCUGACGAAGAACCUUUGUCGAUCGAUGAUAAUCCGACUCUGCAGGCGGAAAUGGAGGGCUACAAGCAUUAUCUCUGUGACCUGUUGAUGAGGAGGGGUAAGGUGAUCGAGCGGGCCAUGGUCGUUAAGUUGCUGAGAGUCCCGCCAGAUGGCGAAGGAGAACGAGCAACGAUUAACCCGGUGUUUUCGGAACGGGCACGGCUGUUGUCUGGACUCGAGCAACCGAGCCAAUGUGGAGUCGAAUUGGUUCUUCUGUGUCCCUCUUGUGGAUCCCCUCUUCCCCUGACUAACCGAUCCUCCUUAUCAUCAUCGUCAUCUUGUCCGACAUGUCACCGGGCACGCCCGGUUUCGUUGUGUGUGAUCUGUCAUCGACCGGUCGUCGGCUUAGCCCGCGACUGUGUUAGCUGUUUCCAUGGUGGCCAUCUUGAGUGCAUGUCGCAAUGGUGGGCCGGUCAGGGAUGUUGUCCGACUGGCUGUGGAUGCGAAUGUUCCUCCACAUCUCUCCUUCCCAUCUCAACUGUCAAGCCAAACUACGAUCAUCAUCAACGACAUCAGAGCCAUUAUCCUCUCGACUUGGGCAACGACUCCAACAAUACACUCGUCACUGAUCGACUACCCUCCUCUGGCCCCUGUCUCCUCUUCUCUUCUGAACAACCCCGCAGGAGUAGCUCGGUCACCGUUUCUGGACGCCCUUGAAUGCAUACACACACAUGUUUACCCUCUGCUAGCAAUCUCUUUCCUUGUCUUGUUUGUGUAUUAUGGUGUACUUUGGUUUUGUAUUUAUAUGAAAAAUACAUGGUUGUUAGAUUAUGGCAUGCAUGUGUGUAAUCAA